AACAACCUAGGAAGCAACAAAUACAAAGAAACCUCAAACCAUAUGCAUCAAAAUCUAGUAGCUUCUCACUCAAAUCAGUGGCAAAUAGGUGCCAAACAUGUAAAGGACAAAGGUGCAGUAGACUUUGAAGGCUGCAAGGGGACGGGGAAGAACAAGAAGAAUGGAAACAUCUUCGAGAGGUGGAAGUGCUUUGACUGCCAGGGGUUCGGGCUCAAGAGCUGCCCGGCCUGCGGGAGAGGCGGAUUGACACCGGAGCAACGGGGAGAGAGAUGAUGAAGCGUCCAUUUGUGAGCUCAGACAAAAGCAGAGAGAACAUUGUUUUAUUUUGAUUUUAAUAUUUUAAAAAUUGUUAAAUAAGUUUUAUUUUA